CUCAAAUCCAGCAAUAAUGGGAAAGAUCAUUUUCUUUGAGGAAAAAAACUUCGCUGGUUGCUCCUAUGAGUGCUGCAAUGACUGCAUAGACCUGCAGUCUUAUUUCCGCCGAUGCAACUCCAUCAAGGUGGAGAGCGGCUGCUUCAUGAUAUAUGAAGGUGCCAGCUUCACAGGCCUCCAGUACUUUGUGUGCCCAGGAGAAUACCCGGAGUUUCAGGCUUGGCUGGCCACUAACGACUGUGUAUGUUCCUGUCGUGUGAUUCCUCAGUUGAAUGACUCCUUCAAACUCUCUAUCUACGAGAGACUUGAGUUUGGUGGCCAGAUGCUGGAUCUCACCGACAGCUGCCCAAAUGUCUUGGACAGCUUCCGCACCAAUGAUAUUUUCUCCUGCAAGGUGAAGGGGGGCAACUGGCUUUUUUACGACCAGCCUAACUACAAGGGCAGGAUUUAUCUGUUGGAGCCAAGAGAAUACUCAAGAUUCAGUGAGUGGGGAGGAGUUACUGCUCGAGUGGGCUCCAUCAAGCGCAUUGUGGAAUACUGAAAAAAAACAAAAAAACAAUUUGAAAACAAAAAAAACAUCAAACUAUUUUUCUUCUUUUCACAAUUCUGUUGGAGAUUUAUGGACAUUUUUCACAUGGACUACAACUCACACCUCAGGAAAACUAUUCAGGAGAAAUAUUCUUCAAAGGCAAUGUGUAUCGAUUGUUGAACUGAAGAAAUAUUUUCAAUGGACUGUAUGUAUUAAUGGAAAAUAAUUCAGCGGGUUGUGUAUAGCUACUCAAGUAGAUUGAUUUUUAACUUUGUAUUUGAUAUAACCCUCUAUGCAAAGCCCCUGUUGUUCUUAUUCCUUUAUGGGAAGGAGAUUCACUUGAGUGUCAAUUCAACACCUAAUUUUUGAUAGCUGCCUGUCAAACAAAACAAAUGGAUGAUGGAACAUUUUUUUUUAUAAAUGUCAAAGCUCUUUCUUUUUUUCUCUCCUGAAUGUAUUAUUUGAACAUUGCACUUACUAUUUCAAAGACAAAUGACAAGGCAAUCAAAAUUCUUAACUAUUUCCAUGUUCAUGUUUUUGUACUGAGGUUGUUAUGUUGACUACCUUUGGUUCAUUUUGGAUGCACACGAUCUGCUCAUAUAGAAUAACAUGUUUGUGUAUUUACAUUUUUACCAGUUAGUUAACUGUUAACUGUUAACAGAUUACUAUUGGUCUGGCACAGGAUCCUAAAGAUAUACUUUGUUUUGUCAUAUUGGGGCAUAGUUUUGUUAUCAAUUUCCAGAACAUAAUUUAUAAUAGUAGAAAACAUUUGUGUAAAUUAUAAUGCUGCCGGGUCCCAACUUUGAAAUAGUUUGAUUACUCAGCUGCUAAGUAACAUAUCAACAUGUUCCACAAUGUAAAAAAGAAAUUAG